UAGUGCCUCCCAAAAUGCCUGAUUUUCUGUACAUGAGAUUUUCUUAAAUGUCGAUUAUUUUUAUGCAUAGACAGAUACAUUUGUUUAUUUUUUGGCAUUUUAAAAUACAUUUUCACCACGUAUAAGUAUUUAGUAAAUUGUAUGCAAAUGAUCAGUGCAGGCGGUAGAGUACCGUGGGUCUUGCACUCGAAAAAGCGCCAAUAUCUACGCACACCACCGUGGUUGUCAAAUGGUUUUCAGGUGAACUGUAAAAUGGCGAAGUAAAAGCGGAAUAAACUGCAUAUGACAUGAAUCAAUAAGGACAGAGAACUGAAUUGGUGAGACGACUCCAGCAAGCUGCGCUGUUGUCAGUGUAACGUCGUUAAAGUUAUUGGGACUGCAUGCCAAGAUGCCCGGUCUUCAGGGUGACAGCGUCGUAGCCGCUCUCGGCAGUCCCAUCAAGAAAACCAAGCUCUCCUUGAGGUUCUUCCAUAAAAAAGAAACCAAGCGAGCGCUAGAUUUCUCAGAGCCACACGCGGAGGAACACCAAUCGGAGGACGCAGCCAGCGGCGGUUGUGAGCAGUUGGUGCCUGCCCCCGGGCCAUCCUCGCCUCUCAUCCCCUGCGAGAAAAAAGAAACCCUGGUUCCCUUUGUUGGGUUGAAUAACCUUGGAAACACAUGCUAUCUCAACAGCAUUCUGCAGGUCCUGUACUACUGUCCAGGGCUGAGAGAUGGCAUUAAGAAACUUUACAAUGUCUCCAAACGGAAAGACAAGUCUAAGGAUGAAGAUUGUAAAAGUGAAGAGACAGGGGGAGUGGAGGAUGUGUUGCCUGCUCACAUGGAGAUGCUGAGCAGCUUCCACAGCCUCAUCACGUCAGCAGAGCAGCUCCAGUCCAGCUACCUGCUGAACCCCGACCUGCACCACCAUGCCGAGCUGGCCACGCCCCCUCGCAAGCUGCUCAACACCCUCAGGCAGCUGAACCCCAUGUACGAGGGCUACCUUCAGCACGACGCCCAGGAGGUGCUGCAGUGCAUCCUGGGAUACAUCCAGGAGGCCUCCGACACCAUCCGAAAGGAGCUGAGCGGUGAGGAUGGCGCCGCCCCACUGGCCGCCGGCGGGACUGCAGAGGAGGACGAGGAGGAAGCCCUGCUGAGCGGGAAGAGGAAGAGCGACACGGAGGCCGGCAACGCCAAGAAGAAGACCAGACCCCUGGAGCAGAGCCAGGGGCCCCAGGAGCAGAGCCAGGGGCCCCAGGACGUCAAGCCCUUCACUCGCUCCAAGAGGAAGUCCUCCAGCGACAUCACAGCAGACAACAGCAAGACCGAGGGAGCGGCGGAGGAGGAGGAGGAGAGACAGGAAAAGGAGGGAGGAGGAGGAGGCGAGAGAGAGGGCAAAGGCCAAGACCCGCCCAAGGAGGGGAAGAGGAAGAGGAGGUCUGUGAGGAGCUGGCUGGGGGCCAACAGGAAGCAGCCCAGCAUCUUCUCCAAGUUCUGCAGCCUGGGGAGGAUCAGCUCCCAGCGGGGGGCGAGGCCUGAGGAGGCCCCGCCCAGCCUGGAGGCCCCGCCCAGCCUGGAGACCCCGCCCAGCCUGGAGGCUGGGACGCCCCCGGUCCAGGAGACGGGACACCCUGGGAAGACCUCCAUCCAGGAGACCAGCACACACCAGCAGUCUGGGGGAGAGCGGACCAGCAGACACGAAGAGAGCGAGGCGGUGGGGCUGAUGGAGAGGCUGUUCCAGGGCCGGCUGGUGCUGAGGACGCGCUGCCUGGAGUGUGAGAGCUCCACAGAGAGGAGGGAGGACUUCCAGGACGUCAGCGUGCCCGUGCAGGAGGAUGAACACAGCGGCCCCGAGAGCAGCUCUGAGGUGUCUCCAGACCCUAAGCCAGAGUUGAAGACCCUGCAGUGGGCCAUCUCCCAGUUUGCCUCUGUGGAGCGCAUCGUGGGGGAGGACAAGUACUUCUGUGAGACCUGCCUCCACUACACGGAGGCAGAGAGGAGCCUGCUGUUCGACAAGACCCCAGAGGUCGUCACCAUCCACCUCAAGUGCUUCUCAGCCAACAGCCUCGAGAUGGACCCGUACGCUGGCCUGUCCAAGGUGAACACGCCCCUGCUCACGCCCCUCAGCCUGUCCCUGGAGGAGUGGUGCACGGGGCCCUCGGCCACCAGGGGGCAGCACUACCAGCUGUUUGCCGUGGUGAUGCACAGCGGCGUGACCAUCAGCAGCGGACACUACACCACCUACGUCAGGAUGAGUGACCUAAAGGACACCCAGCUCUGGCCGGGGGAGGGGGAGCAGGGGGGUGGAGAGGAGGAGCAGCAGGAGGAGGAGGAGGGGGGUGGGAAGGCCAAGGAGGAGGUGCUGGAGUACGAUGACGGCGAGGUGUCCUUCAGCCUGGCCAAGCGGCCGGGCGGAGCCUCCGUCAGCAAGCUGGGGGCCAAGAAGCCGUCGGAGGGCGUGGCCCUCCUGGGGGGGCAGAGGAGCCUGGUCAGCUACGACCUGGGCUGCAGCAAGACCAACCCUGACAAGACCGAGAGCUCCAGGGGGCGGAGGGUCGCCGGCGGGACGCUAGCCAGCCCCGGGGCCAGGAAGGGGGCCGGGGAGGAGGAGCGGGGAGCCGGGGGGACCAAGGGGGAGGAGCUGGGGGGGGCGGAGCAGGCCCUGAGCAGCCUGAUGAGCUACGAGGGGAAGUGGCUUCUGUUUGACGACUCCGAGGUGCACCUGUUUGAGGAGGAGGACUUCCUGAGAGCCUGCUCACCUGAGACGUGCUCCACCUCCACCCCCUACCUGCUUUUCUACAGGAGGAUCCCUCCACUGUGACCCAGCCCCCCCCCCCCCAGGCACAUCCCAUCUCAACUUCUUUCUUCCUCCCCCCUCCCAGGAUGGGGUCAUUUCUGGAGAAGCUAUAGGGACUCAUGUCCGUCAACAGAAUAUGCUAAACCUUGACUGUCUAACCUCAGUACAUUUCUUUCUGCUAAGUGCUUGCACGUUUGUGUACAUGGACUUCAGACGGCACCUUCAGGCUUCCCCAUGCCCGUGAAUUAUAGAGACGUUAGCUGACGCAGGAUUUUGGAGGUGGGAGACAGUAGUGGUGGUGUGCGUCACCCUGAGCUGUCGUCUGGGUGAAAUGCUCCUUAGAGCGCCCUCUCCUGCACUGUGUCGGAUUUGCGGUUUUUAGAUUAUUUUUUUAUAAAGAGCACAUUUUAUUCUUGUAUAUCGUUCUUUACCCUUGCCUGGGUGAAGCUCUUGUCAUUUUCAGAUUCUACUUGUACCUCCACGUCCAGGAAUGUUCUGGAAUCUUUGAAGCAAGCUGGACAUUACUUACUGCAGGUUGGGUGAGAUGUUUGUGCACUAGAUGAACCCAAUAUCCUUGAGUAUAAACUGCGUCAUUGUUGAGUCAGUCGUACUGUAAACAUACAUGAGCAACUUGCCAAAAUGGUUGCUGUUCCUCUCAGUUUGAGUAGAUGUGUGUGGCCAGACAUCAGGGAUGGAUGUGGUUGAUCGUCAAGUGCUCCACCAGUACCUCAUUCCAGCUCAACAAGCUCUGGUCACCAUAUCACGUCUGAAGGCUUCUGCACAAGCGGCAAUCCAGAUGAAACUUUAAGGUUGUUGGUCUGAAAUGAUUUGUCUUGCUAUUCAACAUGUUCUUAAAAGCUACUGGGUUUUAUGUUCAGUGUGAAUAUUUUCUUGUUCUAUCUUUAUUGUUAAGUAUCAGUCCAGUCCUCUUGCUGUUGACUUUUACAAAUAAACACCAGCAUAAACAAAA